UUGAAACAUUCUUAAAUCUGAAAAUGCCGUCGAUUGCUUUCGGGAGAGCUGAUGACUCCUUCAGCUCCGCUUCCAUUAGAGCCUACAUCGCCGAGUUCAUCUCCACUAUGAUCUUUGUCUUCGCCGGCGUCGGAUCCGCCAUUGCUUACAACAAAUUGACAAAUGACGCGCCGCUCGAUCCGUCUGGACUGGUGGCGAUCGCAAUCUGCCAUGGCCUCGCGCUCUUCGUGGCGGUUGCGGUUGGAGCGAACAUAUCCGGCGGACACGUCAACCCCGCCGUGACCUUCGGUUUGGCAGUCGGAGGACAGAUCACGAUCCUCACCGGCAUAUUUUACUGGAUUGCGCAGCUUUUAGGCGCCGCCGUCGCCUCGCUCGUGCUCAAAGUAGUUACCGGCGCUUCAGCAAUUCCGACUCACGGAUUGGGCGCCGGAGUCGGAGCGGUUGAAGGAGUGGUUAUGGAGAUAAUAAUCACAUUUGCUCUGGUCUACACCGUCUACGCGACGGCGGUGGAUCCGAAGAACGGUUCGUUGGGGACUAUUGCGCCGAUCGCAAUCGGAUUCAUCGUCGGAGCGAAUAUCCUGGCGGCAGGCCCGUUUUCCGGCGGAUCGAUGAAUCCGGCGCGGUCGUUCGGGCCGGCGCUGGCCAGCGGGGAUUUCUCCGGCAUGUGGAUUUACUGGGUGGGGCCAAUGAUCGGCGGUGGGCUGGCGGGGAUCAUCUACGGCAACGUGUACAUGCACCAGGAUCACUCUCCGCUCGCUGCAGACUUCUGAUCAAGUAAGCAAAUUAAUUUGAUUUUAAUUAUUUUGGAUUUGUUCGUUGAUUGCUAUCUGCUUUUUAUUUUUAUUUUUCCUGGAGUAACAGAAGGAAGUGUUGCUGUUCUUCCUUUUUUCUUUUUCAUAAUCUGUUUUUAUUUAAUUUGAUUAUUUAAGGGAAUCAAUUAUCAAUA